UCGUUGCGGUUUUUGAAAGCGGGCGACAUAAAACAGUAUUUUCGUGGGUAGCCUGCAGUGGCGCCGAAGAAGAAGAGGAAGAAACCAUAUUUGCCAAAACAAAAAGGCAGCACGUAGAACAAUAGAAAUAAAUAUUGUAAUAAAUAGACGGUCAUAAAUAUUUAUUAACAAAACGUGAAAUACGAAACCGAUGAGCGGCGGCGAUCCAAAAACGAGUUUUCAAACACAAGCGAGAAUUAACAGUCGCGCAUAAACAAAAGGUGAACUGAGUGCCCCCCCGACUGUCCCUCCACACCCGUGCCCCUGGAAAACAAAGCAGCUGGAAAAUGGGCACGAAAAUCGAGUACGUCGACACAACCCAUCUAUAUGCCUCGAAGUAUAUACGCAACUCGAAGGCGAUAGGCGUCUUGUGGGCCAUCUUCACCAUUUGCUAUGCCAUCAUCGGCAUCGUUGCGUUUGUGACGCCAGAGUGGAUUGGCGAUCCGGAUGGGGACAGUGCAGGUCGUCUGGGGCUCUGGCAGCUGUGCCAGCGCGACGAGAUCUUUGACAGCUGUCGGCGAAACUGGGAGAGCAUAGUUGCGGUGCCGACGUUUUCGUUUCAGUUGGCCACAUUCUUCAUGAUCGCCGCCGUCGCCUUGGCCUUGCUGACAAUAUUCUUCUUGGUCUGUUUGCUGUUCAUGAAGUCGACGCGCGUCUUCAGUAUCUGCGGUUGGAUGCAAAUCAUAUCGGCUCUUUGCAUGAUUGUGGCCUGUGCCGCCUUUCCCUUUGGCUGGAAUUCGGAUGAUUUCCGCAAGAUUUGCGGACCGGAAGCGAAUCGUUUCGAGCUGGGGCUCUGCAGCAUACGUUGGGCCUAUCCGCUGGCCAUUAUUGGCUGCAUCGACGGCGUUGUUUUGGCCACCUUGGCCUUCAUUCUGGCCACGCGACAUGUGCGCCUCCAGCCCGAUCCAAUCUAUCAGAAUUCGCUCUACAAAGGCGAAAUAAACAACGCGUAUCUGACGGAUGCGAUCAGCUUGGCGGGCUCGCGAAAGUCGCAGCCGCACAUAACGGGACUGAACCUGCAGCCCAUACUGCUGGUGGCGCCACCCAAUGAGGACACCAUAUCACAAUUCUCGCGCUAUCAUUGAGAGUCGGCUGGAAUAGGAAUCAAGAAUUAACACACACACACACGCACGCAUGCACACGCACGCACACACACACACACAGACGCGAGCAGCAAACAGUUUCGCUGAAUCGCACGCUUAGCGCGUACAUCAACCAGCGGCACGAACACAUGAACGCGGCGCACAGUGGCACUCCAACUGUACAGAGCUUGCCAAACUGCAACUGGCUGGCGGUUGUUUUCAAAAUUCGAAAAAACCGCAUUGUCCGCAUUGUGUGUGGGUGCAUCUGUGUGUGCGUGCGUGUGUGUGUGUGUGUGUGUGUGUGUGUAUGUGUGUUUUGGUGUGUGUGAGUGUGUGUGCAUGUAUUUCGACUGAAUGCUAAAUUAAUUGUUAAGUCUUGACUAAUUAAACGCUUGUGUGUGUUGUUGUAUAGCUGUGCCUAAAUAUUUUAGUAGCGUCUGUAAAAUAUACUAUUCUAUAUAUACAUUCCCAA